AUGGCGCUGUUCCACGUCGCGCGGUACCCGGGCCCCGAGGCGGCGGCGGCGGAGGAGACGGGGCCGGGCGAACGGGCCCGCGCGCUGCUCGAGCGGCUGCAGAGCCGGGCCCGCGAGCGGCAGCAGCGGGAGCCCGCGCCUUCCGAGGCGGACGCGCCGUCCGAGGCUUCGGGCAGGCGGCGGCGGCGGCCACGGAGGCGGCGGCGAGGGAGUCCGGAGGCGCCGGGGAGCCCCGAGGCGCCGCAGGAGAAGCGGCGGAGGGCGGAUGGCGAGCACGCGGACGCGGGGAGCAGCGAGGAGGCGCCGGGGGAGCGCGGCGGGCGCUCCGAGGCGGCCCCGGACGGACGGCCCGCGGAGGAGGUGGCCGAGCCCGCGGCCCCUGCCCUGGUGCUGGGGGGCUUCGGGAGGAGGAAGACGUCGAAGGUCCAACCUUUUCUGCCACCGUGGCUGACUGAACCAAGCCGUGUCAGAAAGGACAUCACUGAAGGCCUGGUUCCCAUCGAGGACAUCCCCGAGGUCCACCCUGACCUGCAGAAGCAGCUGCGGGCACAGGGCAUCUCAUCCUAUUUCCCAGUCCAGGCCGCCGUGAUUCCUGCCCUCCUGGAGAGCGCAGCCAGCGGGUUUCUGGUGGGCAGAGGGGGCUACCAGCCCAGCGACCUCUGUGUUUCUGCCCCAACGGGCAGCGGGAAGACGCUGGCCUUUGUCAUCCCUGUGGUUCAGGCCCUGCUGCGGCGAGUGGUGUGCCACGUCCGCGCCCUGGUCGUGCUGCCCACCAAGGAGCUGGCCCAGCAGGUGAGCAAAGUGUUCAACAUCUACACAGACGCCACACCUCUGCGAGUUGCCCUGGUUACGGGACAGAAGACACUGGCCAAGGAGCAGGAGAGCCUCGUCCAGAAGACAGCAGACGGCUACCGCUGCCUGGCCGACAUCGUGGUGGCCACUCCUGGCCGCCUGGUGGACCACAUCGACCAGACCUCGGGAUUCAGCCUCCAGCAGCUCCGCUUCCUGGUAGGUGCCCGUCCCGGAGCCUGGGCUGGGAGUGAAGGGCUGACCUUGGCCGGAGCCUCCCUCCACCCACCACCGGCUUCCCACCCCCAGGUCGUGGACGAGGCCGACCGGAUGAUAGACAGCAUGCACCAGUCCUGGCUGCCCCGGGUGGUGGCCGCCGCCUUCCAGAGCACGGGCCCCAGGGAGCCCCGUGCCCUGCUCCAGAGGAGGCAGCUCCAGGCCGAGACGGCUGCCAGCACCUGCUGUCCGCAGAUGCCCCUGCAGAAGCUGCUUUUCUCAGCGACUCUGACCCAGAACCCCGAAAAGCUGCAGCAGCUGGGCCUCCACCGGCCCCGGCUUUUCUCCACGGGUGCGGCGCACAGGGGCCCCGACGACGGGGACGUGGGAGGGAAGUAUGCCUUCCCCGCGGGGCUCACGCACCACUACGUGCCCUGCAGCCUCGGCGCCAAGCCACUGCUCGUGCUGCACCUGGUCCUGGCGAGGAGCCGCUCCAGGGUCCUCUGCUUCACCAACUCCCGGGAGAACUCGCACAGGCUCUUCCUGCUGGUGCAGGCAUUCGGGGGCGUGAACGCGGCUGAAUUCUCCUCCCGCUACGGGCCUGGCCAGAGGCAGACGAUCUUGAAGCAGUUUGAACAGGGAAAGAUCCAACUCCUCAUCAGCACAGACGCCACCGCCCGCGGCAUCGACGUGCGGGGCGUGGGGCUGGUGGUCAACUACGACGCCCCCCAGUACCUGAGGACCUACGUGCACCGGGUCGGGAGAACAGCCCGAGCUGGGAACGCCGGACAGGCCUUCACGCUGCUGCUCAAGGUGCAGGUGAGGCCGGGAGGGUCAUGGCUCCUGCCGCCUGGUGCCACGGGGCCGCCUGGGCCCCCUUCCCACACGUGGGCUUCCCUCCAGGAGCGGAGGUUCCUGCAGAUGCUGACGGAGGGCGGGGUGCCCGCGCUGGAGCGGCACGAGCUCCCCAGCGAGCUGCUGCAGCCGCUGGUCCCUCGCUACGAGGAGGCCUUGUCCCAGCUGGAGAGGACGGUCAAGGUGAGGGCUGUGCCGCUCGGGUGGUCUCGUGACUCCAGCCUCGGGGGUGUGCAGAGGAAGGGAAGGGUGGGGGCGGGUUCAUCCUGGAGCUCUGGGGGUGGAGGAGCGCGUGAGGCUGGUGAGGGGAAGGUGCUGAGCCCGCCGUCCUCUCCCAGGAGGAGCGGAAGCUGAAGGCGGCCUACGCUGGGGCUCAAAGGCCCAGAGGGACCGACCCCGGACAGCAGAUGCUGCC